UUGUCAUGGUUUCGGUACACAGAGCAACGGUCCGAGUGUGAGGGUCACAGAGGGAGAGGGAGAGGGGACAGUGUGAGGGUCACAGAGAGAGAGAGGACAGUGUGAGGGUCACAGAGAGAGAGAGGACAGUGUGAGGGUCACAGAGAGAGAGAGAGAGAGAGGACAGUGUGAGGGUCACAGAGAGAUAGAGGACAGAGAGAGGGAGGACAGUGUGAGGGUCACAGAGAGAGAGAGGACAGUGUGAGGGUCACAGAGAGUGAGGGGGAGAGGACAGUGUGAGGGUCACAGAGAGAGAGAGGACAGUGUGAGGGUCACAGAGAGAGAGAGGACAGUGUGAGGGUCACAGAGAGUGAGGGGGAGAGGACAGUGUGAGGGUCACAGAGAGAGGGAGAGGGAACAGUGUGAGGGUCACAGAGAGAGAGAGGACAGUGUGAGGGUCACAGAGAGUGAGGGGGAGAGGACAGUGUGAGGGUCACAGAGAGGGAGAGAGGACAGUGUGAGGGUCACAGAGAGAGGAAGAGAGGGAGGACAGUGUGAGGGUCACAGAGAGAGAGGGAGGACAGUGUGAGGAUCACAGAGAGAGAGAGAGAGGGAGGACGGUGUGAGGGUCACAGAGAGAGAGUGAGAGAGGGAGGACAGUGUGAGGGUCACAGAGAGAGAGAGGACAGUGUGAGGGUCACAGAGAGAGAGAGGGAGGACAGUGUGAGGGUCACAGUGAGAGAGGGAGAGAGAGGGAACAGUGUGAGGGUCACAGAGAGAGAGAGAGGACAGUGUGAGGGUCACAGAGAGAGAGGGAGAGGGGACAGUGUGAGGGUCACAGAGAGAGAGAGAGAGAGAGGGUCACAGUGAGAGAGGGAGGACAGUGUGAGGGUCACAGAGAGAGAGAGGACAGUGUGAGGGUCACAGUGAGAGAGGGAGGACAGUGUGAGGGUCACAGAGAGAGAGAGGAGAGUGUGAGGGUCACAGAGAGAGAGAGAGGACAGUGUGAGGGUCACAGUGAGAGAGGGAGGACAGUGUGAGGGUCACAGAGAGAGAGAGAGGGAGGACAGUGUGAGGGUCACAGAGAGAGAGAGGACAGUGUGUGGGUCACAGAGAGAGAGAGAGAGAGAGGACAGUGUGAGGGUCACAGAGAGAUAGAGGACAGUGUGAGGGUCACAGAGAGAGGGAGGACAGUGUGAGGGUCACAGAGAGAGAGAGGACAGUGUGAGGGUCACAGAGAGAGAGAGAGAGAGAGGGGACAGUGUGAGGGUCACAGAGAGAGAGAGAGAGAGGGAGAGGACAGUGUGAGGGUCACAGAGAGAGGGAGGACAGUGUGAGGGUCACAGAGAGAGAGAGAGACAGAGGACAGUGUGAGGGUCACAGAGAGAGAGAGAGGACAGUGUGAGGGUCACAGUGAGAGAGGGAGGACAGUGUGAGGGUCAGAGAGAGAGGGAGAGGACAGUGUGAGGGUCACAGAGAGAGAGAGAGGACAGUGUGAGGGUCACAGAGAGAGAGAGAGAGGACAGUGUGCGGGUCACAGAGAGAGAGAGAGGGAGAGGACAGUGUGAGGGUCACAGAGAGAGUGUGAGAGCGAGAGGACGGUGUGAGGGUCAUAGAGAGAGUGUGAGAGAGGGAGGACAGUGUGAGGGUCACAGAGAGAGGGAGGACAGAGUGAGGGUCACAGAGAGAGAGGGGACAGUGUGAGGGUCACAGAGAGAGAUAGAGAGAGAGGGAGGACAGUGUGAGGGUCACAGAGAGAGAGAGAGGGAGGACAGUGUGAGGGUCACAGAGAGAGAGAGAGAGGGAGGACAGUGUGAGGGUCACAGAGAGAGAGAGGACAGUGUGAGGGUCACAGAGAGAGGGAGAGAACAGUGUGAGGGUCACAGAGAGAGAGAGAGGGAGGACAGUGUGAGGGUCACAGAGAGAGAGAGGACAGUGUGAGGGUCACAGAGAGUGAGGGGGAGAGGACAGUGUGAGGGUCACAGAGAGAGAGAGGACAGUGUGAGGGUCACAGAGAGUGAGGGGGAGAGGACAGUGUGAGGGUCACAGAGUGGGAGAGAGGACAGUGUGAGGGUCACAGAGAGAGGAAGAGAGGGAGGACAGUGUGAGGGUCACAGAGAGAGAGGGAGGACAGUGUGAGGGUCACAGAGAGAGAGAGAGGGAGGACGGUGUGAGGGUCACAGAGAGAGAGUGAGAGAGGGAGGACAGUGUGAGGGUCACAGAGAGAGAGAGAGAGGACAGUGUGAGGGUCACAGAGAGAGAGAGGACAGUGUGAGGGUCACAGAGAGAGAGAGAGGGAGAGGACAGUGUGAGGGUCACAGAGAGAGUGUGAGAGCGAGAGGACGGUGUGAGGGUCAUAGAGAGAGUGUGAGAGAGGGAGGACAGUGUGAGGGUCACAGAGAGAGGGAGGACAGUGUGAGGGUCACAGAGAGAGAGGGGACAGUGUGAGGGUCACAGAGAGAGAUAGAGAGAGAGGGAGGACAGUGUGAGGGUCACACAGAGAGAGAGAGGGAGGACAGUGUGAGGGUCACAGAGAGAGAGAGGACAGUGUGAGGGUCACAGAGAGAGAGAGGACAGUGUGAGGGUCACAGAGAGAGGGAGAGAACAGUGUGAGGGUCACAGAGAGAGAGAGAGGGAGGACAGUGUGAGGGUCACAGAGAGAGAGAGGACAGUGUGAGGGUCACAGAGAGUGAGGGGGAGAGGACAGUGUGAGGGUCACAGAGAGAGAGAGGACAGUGUGAGGGUCACAGAGAGUGAGGGGGAGUGGACAGUGUGAGGGUCACAGAGUGGGAGAGAGGACAGUGUGAGGGUCACAGAGAGAGGAAGAGAGGGAGGACAGUGUGAGGGUCACAGAGAGAGAGGGAGGACAGUGUGAGGGUCACAGAGAGAGAGAGAGGGAGGACGGUGUGAGGGUCACAGAGAGAGAGUGAGAGAGGGAGGACAGUGUGAGGGUCACAGAGAGAGAGAGGACAGUGUGAGGGUCACAGAGAGAGAGAGAGAGGACAGUGUGAGGGUCACAGAGAGAGAGAGAGACGGGGAGAGGACAGUGUGAGGGUCACAGAGAGAGAGAGAGAGGACAGUGUGAGGGUCACAGAGAGAGAGAGAGAGGACAGUGUGAGGGUCACAGAGAGAGAGAGAGGACAGUGUGAGGGUCACAGAGAGAGAGUGAGAGAGGGAGGACAGUGUGAGGGUCACAGAGAGAGAGUGAGAGAGGGAGGACAGUGUGAGGGUCACAGAGAGUGAGAGAGGACAGUGUGAGGGUCACGAAGAGAGGGAGGACAGUGUGAGGGUCACAGAGAGAGAGAGGGAGGACGGUGUGAGGGUCACAGAGAGAGAGUGAGAGAGGGAGGACAGUGUGAGGGUCACAGAGAGAGAGAGGACAGUGUGAGGGUCACAGAGAGAGAGGGGACAGUGUGAGGGUCACAGAGAGAGAGAGAGAGAGAGGGGACAGUGUGAGGGUCACAGAGAGAUAGAGGACAGUGUGAGGGUCACAGAGACAGAGAGAGAGAGAACAGUGUGAGGGUCACAGAGAGAGAGUGAGAGAGAGGACAGUGUGAGGGUCACAGAGAGAGAGUGAGAGAGAGGACAGUGUGAGGGUCACAGAGAGAGAGUGAGAUAGAGGACAGUGUGAGGGUCACAGAGAAAGAGAUACUAGACAGUGUGAGGGAAUCAGGGAGGAAGAGAGUGACUGACAGGGCGAUAAGAGGACCAGCGAAGGAAAGAGAGAGCGGUAGCAUUGAGGAAAGACGGACUGGAAAGGAGGUUGGUGGGAGAGUGAGACAGGAUAAAGGGUGAGACGGUGAUAGACAGGAGAGAGGUGUAUGAGAGGGUGAGGAAGGAGAGCAGAGGGAGAGAGGAGACAGGGACAGGAGGAAGAGGUGAGAGGGUGAGGACGGAGUGAAGGAGAGCAGAGGGAGAGAGGACACAGGGACAGGAGGUAGAGGUGAGUGAGAAGGUAAGGAAGGAGCGAAAGUAAGCAGAAAGCGAGGACACAGAGAUAGGAGAAAGAGCUGUGAGAGUGAGGCAGCAAAGGAGAGCAGAGAGAGAGGACACAGACUGGAGAGAGAGGUUGUGAGAGGGUGAGGAAGGAGCAGAGGGAGAGAGGUCAUCGGGAUAGGAGAAAGAGAGGAGAGAGUGAACAAGAGUAGAGGGAGUGAGGACGCUGGGAUAGGAGAAAGAAGGGUGUAAGAGGGCAAGGAGGGAACAAAGGAGAGCAAAAGUAGAGAGGGAGAUUUGAGCUGGAUUGAAGAGUGUCACUGGCCAAGGAGCUGUUUUGAGGACGUGCCACUAAGAGGAUGUCAGUGACAGAAUCUGACGAGUUUGAAGAGGAACAGGGCCCUUAUUUAGGGGAAUAUGAAGGUGAUCGGAAUGAGGAAAAUGAAAGACAUGGUCAAGGGAAAGCUGUACUGCCAAAUGGUGACACGUAUGAAGGUGCCUAUGAACAUGGCAAGCGCCAUGGAGUGGGAACAUACAGAUUUAAGAAUGGAGCACGUUAUGUAGGUGAAUAUGUACAGAACAAGAAACAUGGCCAGGGAAUCUUCUAUUAUCCAGAUGGCUCCAAAUAUGAAGGAAACUGGGCACAUGAUCAGCGACAUGGAGAAGGAACUUAUCAUUAUCCAAAUGGUGAUACAUAUACUGGAGAAUGGCUUGCUCAUCAGAGGCAUGGUCUGGGCACCUAUGUGUACACGCAGACGGGCUCCAAAUAUGUGGGAAACUGGGUGCAUGGAAAGCAGGUCGAAGCUGGAGAGCUCAUUCACCUGAAUCACCGAUACCAGGGCAACUUUCUCAAUAACAAUCCUACAGGUCGAGGGAAAUACAUCUUUGAUUUUGGCUGUGAGCAGCAUGGAGAAUACCUUCAGCUAGAACAGGACAAAACUGAAGAAGAGAUCGCAGAGGAGGAAUCCGUCACCGUAACUGUCUUAAAGUGGAAGGCUGAGAAACUGUCAGGGUUGACAUUGUACUCUCCAACAUUUAAGACCGAAGUAAAGGCCGAUGAAUUGGAGGCUGAAGAACUGGCUGCUGAUAAUACAGAGGCUGCUGACAUAGCUGAGAAAGACGUUCCUGAGGCAGAUGCUGCUGAUGCUGAUGCCCCUGUGGCUGAUGCCCCAGAGGUAGAUGCCCCAGGCGUAGAUGCACCAGAGGCAGAUGCCCCAGAGGCAGAUGCUACAGAGGCAGAUGCCCCAGAGGUAGAUGCCCCCGAGGUAGAUGCCCCCAAGGUAGAUGCCCCCGAGGUAGAUGCCCCAGAGGCAACUGUCCCAGAGGAAGACGCUCCAUUGGCAGAUGUAGCAGAGGCAGAAAUUUCUGAAACAAAUGCCCCUGUGACAGAAGCUUUUGGUCCCGAUUCCCUUGGUUUAGCGGAAGGUAAUGAGGGUGGAUCUGAUGCUGCCUCUGAGCUGGCUGCAGACUGAGGGUGUGGUGUGAGGCUAGAAUGCCUGAUUAGUAGCUGGAUGGAGAGCACCACCAAUUACAGAAAAACACUUGGUUGCAAGCUGAAAAAACUGAAUGAUUCAUGUUGGCUUAAAAAUAUCCACAACGGAAAAACCAGAAGCCGUGUCUUGGUCUGCUGACUUUAAAGUGUUUUUAUCAAGGAGAGCAAGUUUCCUCCUUGGAAUGUGGACUGGACAGCAGUAUGAACCAUCACACCAUCAAAGGUUACAAUCUUAAAAAUAAAAUA